AUGUCACCGUUAAUCCUUAUCAUUGCCGCCGUUAUACUGCCGUUUGCCAUUGUCUAUUCACUGAUUACAAGGCGUUUGGAAUGGCGGAGCAGACUUAAGGAAUCUGGGUUUCCAGUUGUUGAAACUGGAAGUCUGUUGUUCGGUAACCUGGAUGUAAUUAAGAGCGAGAACGCACCAUGGUUGUUGACCAAACUAGCUAACAUUUAUGGUCAUACCUAUGGUAUCAUGUUAGGUGCUUACCCAGCAGUUGUUACUUCGGAUCCUGAUGUCAUACAAGACAUCUGCCUUAAAAAGUUUCAAUAUUUUCACUCGCGAUUUGAUGAUCCAACUGUUCCAGACGUAGACAGUACUCGUGCUAUACACGUAUUUGCUGCACGCGGUGAGAGAUGGAAACGAAUUAGAACUUUAGCAUCUCCUGCACUGUCAACUCAAAAUCUAAAAAAACUUUAUCCUAUCGCUUUAGACUCAGUUUUAAAAUUUAUUGAACGGUUGGAGCAAGAUGCAACUUCGCGGAACCCAGUUGAUCUACACAGCCGUUUUCAAAUUUUGGCCUAUGAUGUAAUAUCACGAUGUUGUAUUGGCCGGAAACAAAGUAUGCAGGAAAACGACCCAAAUCUAGCCUUAAUAUUAGAAAAAUUUACUCCCACUCUUAAGUUUCAGAAAUCCAGUACUGAAACAUUAAGUUGGUGUUUACCAGAAUUUAAAGGUCUAUUUGCAUGGUAUCAGAGUGUUGUCGACAGAAUCAAUUCUGCAUUAGGCAAACCAACAGAUCCAUUUGCAGCCUAUGCAAUAAAUAUUCGAAAGAUAGUUGAUGAAAGAGACAAGACCGAGAACAGAUAUGACAUGAUGCAGUUUUUGAAAAAUGCUGAGGAAAAUGACUGGAAUGAUUGGAUAAAGGAAAAUGACCGACCAGUGAAUUUUGGGAAAGUGAAGAUUGAUAAGAAAAUGCUGAGUGAGGAAAUUACAUUGACAAUAAGGUUCAUGUCAACAGCAGGAUUCGAUACUACUGCCAAUACCUUAGCGUACCUCAUGCACCUCUUAGCCAAAAAACCUGAAGAACAAGAAAAAUUAAGGGCUGAAAUCAACAGCUACGACGAGGUGAACCAUGAAACGAUACAAAAGAUGGAAUAUCUACAGUGGUCAAUAUAUGAGAUCCUCCGACUUUACCCACAUUCGUCAUUUCUGCAAUCUAGACGAUGUGUAGAAGACUGCCAGGUGCAAGAAUUCAUUUUCCCACGAGGUGCAAAUAUAGUUUUUGACACUUGGACUCUUCAUCACGACCCGGAAAUUUGGGGAGAUGAUGUUGAAGAAUAUAGGCCAAGCAGAUUUGGAGCAGAAAGAACUGCUAAACAAAUGCAAAGUUGGACGCCGUUUGGAGUUGGGCCUCGUCAAUGUAUUGGCAUGAGAUUUGCAUUGAUGGAAUUAAAGACAGUAAUUAGCUUGAUCUUGAAAAAAUUUAGGAUAAAACCAAUUAGUGAAGAAAGUAACUUACGCAUGCGGCUUCGUGAGAUGGGCACUGUAUGGCCAGAUUCAUCAAAAGUAAUAUUUGAACUUUUAUAA